AUGUGCCAUUACUCCCAUCACCUCCAUCACUCAUCACCUUCAUCACUCAUCACCUCCAUCACUCAUCACCUUCAUCACUCAUCACCUCCAUCACCCAUCACCUUCAUCACCCAUCACCUUCAUCACCCAUCACCUUCAUCACUCAUCACCUUCAUCACUCAUCACCUUCAUCACCCAUCACCUUCAUCACCUCCAUCACUCAUCACCUUCAUCACUUUCACUCAUCACCUCCAUCACUCAUCACCUCCAUCACUCAUCACCUCCAUCACUCAUCACCUCCAUCACUCAUCACCUCCAUCACUCAUCACCUCCUUCAUCCAUCACCUUCAUCACUCAUCACCUCUAUCUUCAUUCACCAACUACACAUGA